GGAGGGGCUACUUACUGUAAGGCUUCGGUGACUGGAUAAAGGCAUUUGCCCAAGCACCAGCUUUAACCGUGUCCCUUUAGUUGCCAUGGGGAGACCACUCGUGUCCAAUCUUCUGGCCGCUGGCGUGCCACGAGCGCUCAUCCUGAUCCUUGCGCUGCUAGCCUAUAACCGUUCUGUGGCUCCACAUGUCGGGGACAUUGACUCUGCAGAAAUUUUUGCCGGCGUGAUGGCCAUCGUUGAGCGGGUUCAAUCUAUGGGGAUGACUUCUCGUGGGUAUGACAUAGGCUUCCACGAGGACUUGGAUCUGACUACAUGCGCUGGCUUUCUGCUGGCAUUGAUCUUGGUCAGAAGGGUGCGACCAGGAGGAUUGUGCGUUUUUGCCCCUGUGUGUUCAAGCUUUGCCUUCCUUAAUCAAGGAACCUCAGGCCGACACGGCAUAUUGUUGCCAGAGGGUCCUCCGAAUGUGCCAUCGGUGCUGGUUGGCAAUCUGCUAGCGGUGAGGACUCUACUCCUGUAUCGUCUCUGCUGUGCUAUGGGCAUCGUCUCUCUAAUAGAGCAGCCACAGCAUCACAGUUCUGGAAUGGCAGCUUUGCGUCGCUUCAAAGAAGUGAUUCGUGACUGUGCGGUUUACCGGGUGCCCAUCUGCAUGGGAUGGUUUGGAACGGAGACGACCAAGCCGACUUUCCUGUUUGCCAACCACAAACGCUUUGCAGCGUUGCAGGCGUAUAGGCCUUGCGCUUCAGGGUCAACCGCAUCUGUGAGCAAGCCGAAGAAGACCCUGGUCAAAAAGAAAGUUGUAGAUGGAAAAAUCCGGCUCACUGGAAAGAGGCACGAGCUCAAAAGCACGCAGACAUAUUCCGAGGACUUCGCAAAAGCUGUCGUCGAGUGCUGGCUUGCUGGGUGCCCAUCCACUUCCCAGGAGCCGUGUGUGAGCUGCGCCAAAAUGGUGACACCGAUGUUCGAUGAUGGAUCUUGUUUCUAUGAUGAGGAGGAGAACAUCAGAAUGUUAUUCUCUAAGCCUAUGGACUGGAACGACGAUGCGCUCCUGUAUGAUGUGGCCAGCUAUCUUGCGAAGUGCUCAACCUUGGAGCUGCCAAAGGCAUGGCCCAAAGAUUGGAUGUGACUAGAAUUGGGGUGUUUCUUGUGAAACAAGAACUAUAUGCGCUGGCAACACGGCUAGCGCUGUGAAUUUCUUGGGGUUUUAGGGGCUUAUCCAUCCCCAUGACAGACUGGGGAUCUCCGACGCCAAAUGUUAGUGAGACUUUGGCG